AUGGCGGGCAUGCCCGUGCUGGGCAACAGCGUGGGUGCGGGCGAGCUGCGCGAAGAUGCCAGCAACAGGUCCUCCAGUAGUGGAUCUCGACGGGGCUCCUCCCCACAAAGGGGGCAGGAGCAAGAGGUGGACGUCAGCUGUCACCGACCAGACCUCACCAGCUCACUACCGUCCCGAACUCACCCCACUAGCUAUGAACGGGACUACAGCGAAAAAGUUUCUACUGUGGCAACACUCAGUGGCGCAAGUGUGGUAACUCAUACUGCGCCUUCAUACGAAGAACAACGAGCGAGUCCAGCUCUGCUUAAUAGGAACGCCGGGGGAACCCCCGGUGGUAGAAGUGUUAGGGACGAUGGAUAUUGUUCUGCUGGAAGCACACCGCGUGCUUUAGAGCACAAAUCUACCAAAGGAUCAGUAGUUACAUUAUCAUGUUAUAAAAAGGAGCCUAAGAUUAAAAUUGAGGAAGAGGUAUACUACAGUGAAUCUUCUAAAAGAGUCCGAGGCAACAGUGUUGUAAAGCCUGAAAUAAACGAUGGACGUGAAACGUGGGGUACCGGCGCGGAUUUUCUUCUAUCUAUCAUCGGUUUCGCCGUGGAUCUGGCUAACGUUUGGAGGUUUCCUUAUCUUUGCUACAGGAAUGGCGGUGGGGCGUUUCUCAUUCCAUACAUGCUAAUGUUAAUAUUCGGUGCGGUGCCUCUUUUUUAUAUGGAAUUGAUACUGGGACAAUAUAAUCGGCAAGGUCCGAUCACAUUAUGGAAAAUCUGUCCGCUCUUUAAAGGUGUUGGUUUCUGUGCUGUAAUGGUAGCUUUUUACGUUUCCUUUUACUACAAUGUCAUUAUUGGCUGGGCAUUAUACUUCCUCAUAUCCUCAGCCCGGUCAGAGCUCCCGUGGCUACACUGCGACAACUCCUGGAAUACAGAACAGUGUUGGGACGCGGCGAGAUUGAACGCUACGAACAGAACGGAAAUCCCUUACCAAGGACCUUUGUCGCAUUUCACACCGGCUUCUGAAUUUUUCCACCGAGCGGUCCUCGAGAUGCAAUACUCUGAAGGACUAAACGACUUAGGCUUUCCAAAAUGGCAACUUGCACUUUGUUUGGGUGUUGUGUAUAUUACACUAUAUUUAUCGCUGUUCAAAGGUGUUAAAAGUUCAGGUAAAGUAGUGUGGUUGACGGCGACCAUGCCAUACGUUGUGUUGUCGAUACUUCUCGCCCGAGGGCUGCUCCUGCCAGGGGCUACUCGGGGUAUCGCGUACUAUUUGCACCCAGAACUCAGUAGGUUGAAGGACACUCAGGUUUGGGUAGACGCUGCAGUACAGAUUUUCUAUUCUGUAGGAGCGGGUUUUGGCGUUCAUUUGUCUUAUGCGAGUUAUAAUACUUUUCAUAAUAACUGCUACAGGGAUUGUCUUGUCACAACACUUGUGAACUGCUUCACGUCAUUCUUCUCUGGAUUUGUCAUCUUCACAUAUUUGGGCUUCAUGUCUCACAAGCAAGGCGUGCCAAUAUCUUCUGUUGCCACCGAGGGUCCUGGGCUAGUGUUCCAGGUGUAUCCGGAAGCUGUGGCGACUUUACCCGGCGCCAGUCUAUGGUCAAUGCUCUUCUUCUUUAUGUUGAUCAUGCUCGGGUUGGAUUCAGGAAUGGGUGGUCUAGAGUGUGUCAUCACUGGUCUCUUAGACCAGGCGCGUGCUUCCGGCGCGCACUGGCUGCGUCGGGAACAUUUCACACUACUCGUAGUGUGCGUGUCCUUCUGUGUUGCCUGCAUCAAUAUUACACCUGGUGGCAUUUAUAUGUUCCACUUAUUGGACACAUACGCAGCGGGGAUCUCUUUACUAUGCUCUGCUCUUUUCGAAGCAGUUGCUGUGUCCUGGUUUUACGGUUUGAAGAGGUUUUCCGAUGAUGUUGAAGAGAUGCUUGGAUUUAGACCUGGUCUUUACUGGCGGAUAUGUUGGAAGUUUGUCAGCCCAGUUUUCAUUAUUGGUGUAGUAGUCUUUGGCCUUCUGUACCAACAACCGCUCCAGUACCAGCACUACACCUACCCGCAGUGGGCCGUGGUCCUCGGCUGGGGACUCGCGUGCUCCUCUAUAUUAAUGAUUCCUAUAGUGGCUAUUUAUAAGGUCAUCACUACUCCUGGAACUUGUCGACAGCGUUUAGCAUGUUGCAUUUCACCUGAGUCAGAGCAUGAAGCAAUCCGUGGCGGAGCACCGCGAGAGGCAAUCAUGUCCUUAGAACGUGAAAGUAUGGGUGUGAUGCCCCCGAUACCUAGUAGUGGCCCACUAGACCCCCGGUCACAGCUAUUGCAAGAAAUGAGGGAUCAGAACUUUGAUCUCAUAAGAUUUGCAUCUUAUAGAACAGCAUGCAAACUAAGAUUUGUCCAAAAGAAGUGUAAUUUACACGCAAUAGAUAUAUGGAAUGUAAUAGAGGCUUUCCGAGAGAAUGCUCUCAACACCCUAGAGCCUACUGCGUGUGUCAAUGUGACACGUUUGGAAACACUUGUAUCUUCAUUGUAUCAUAAUUUAAACAAGCGACUGCCACCUGCAAAUCAAGUAUCAGUUGAAGCAUGCUCAGCACUUCUGUUGAAUUGGCUACUAUCCGCAUAUAGUACAGGGGAAAAUGUAGGAAAAAUUAGAGUUUUCUCAAUAAAAGUUGCCUUGGCCACAAUGUGUGCUGGAAAACUUAUGGAUAAAUUGAGAUAUAUAUUUUCACAAUUAUCGGACGGCAAUGGACAUUUACUAAUGAAGAGGCUAUCAGAUUAUUUGCGUGAAGUGUUAGCACUACCUGCGGCUGUGUAUGAGUCACCAUCUUUCAGCUACAAUGACAACUUAGCCAUGUCUAUUUUUAAUCAGAAUGGCAAGAUAACAGUCAAUGAUUUCUUAGACAUAUUGAUGUCCGACCCCGGCCCGCCUUGCCUCGUGUGGCUUCCACUGCUGCAUCGCCUUGCUAGUGUUGAAAAUGUGGUGCACCCGCUGGCGUGCAGCGUGUGCCGGCGCGGCUCGCUGACGGGCUUCCGCUACCGCUGCACGCGCUGCGCCGGCUACACGCUCUGCCAGGAGUGCUUCUGGCGCGGACACGUCACGCCGCCGCACGCGAACGACCACGAGGUCAAGGAGUACGCCACUUAUAAAUCGCCAUCGAAACAGAUCGGCGCGACGCUGCGCAAGUCGUUCCGCUGCGUGCCGGAGCGCGCGCGGCCGCAGCUGCCGCGCUACCCCGACCAGCCCGAGCGCACGCUCAACCUCAGCCAUAUCGUGCCGCCGUCGCCGGUGCCGGCGCACAACGGGUUCCCGGAGUACGUGGGCGGGUACGUCAACACCGGCUCGCUCGACAGCCGCUCCUCGCGCUCCACACACCGCAGUAUAGCGGAUCACUUAUCUCGAGGAGUGGAUGAUGAACAUCGUCUUAUAGCGAGGUAUGCUGCAAGGCUGGCGCACGAAAACCGUACAAUGCCGCGAGCUGGCAGAUCAGCAUCACUUACGCCAGAGUUGGGUCGCUCGUCAUCGGAAGGGUCGGAGGUGGACGCGGCGCGGCAGCAGCGAGAGCUCAUCUCCCAGCUCGAGGCCAAGAACCGGGAGAUAAUGCGAGAGAUCGCCAGGCUUAGACGCCAGCAAGAGGCGGAGGCGGGCGCGCCGCCGCUGGUGUCGGAGCUGCGCGCGCUGCGCCAGCGCAAGGACGAGCUGGAGGGGCACCUGUCCUCGCUGCAGGAGUCCCGCAAGCACCUCAUGCACCAGCUCGAGGGACUCAUGCGGAUGCUCAAGACGCAGCAGUCCAGCCCGCGGUCGACGCCGAACUCCUCUCCGCGCUCCACCAAGAGCCCGCCGCUGCCGGGCGGCCAGCCGCAGCCCUCCGCGCCUGAAAGGGUCGGGGCGCGGGGCGGGAGGGGCGCGCGGCCCCCACCGCAGCGGUCGUGGCGGCGUCAAGCUCGAGCGUCACCCAUAGCUCCUCGGCGGCGGGCCUCGAGCGCCACUCGGGCUUUAUUAAUGAAUAUAUCAUCAUCCCGUAGAGAGGCGGCCCCGCGCGGCGCCGUGCGCAGCGCGCCGCAGACGCCGUCCCUCGGCGAGCGCGAGCGCAUCGACAUGACGCACAGUUUAGGUGCCAUGGAAAGUAUGGGAGAUGGCAGAGGUUUCCAUCAAAACCAACGACCUACUACAAUGGGCAUAGACAACAGAAAUCUACGAAGUGAUCUGUUGUACGCCGCCGACUCCGUCACGAAUGCCAUGUCCACUUUAGUGCGGGAACUUAACUCUGAGGGUUCAGACACGGAAGAUACGGUCAAAGGCGGCAUGGAUAGAAAAAGACGAGAUUUCGAAGAGGACGAGGACAGUGACGAGCCAAUGCCUCGGCCGCAGCUCCCGAGACACUACAUGCAUGAUAAUAAUGUACAGGACAUUCCACCGCCGCUUCCAGCUCGUACGGGACAUUAUUUCCCACGCACA